AUGGAUUCUCUCGUGGCCGCCGAGUUGGAAAAGCUCGACGAUGGCGUGCCAUUCCGCGCUCGGCCACAACAUGUUCACCAUACCUGGGCGCGCACAUUUUCCUCCCUCCCAGAACUUUUUAUCCAGCCCGAAUCUCUGGCUGAAGUCGAAAAGGCUGUCAACUUGGCAAGAAAAUGUCGUCGGCGUCUAGUGACGACUGGAUGCGGCCAUUCACCCUCGAAUAUCACCUGUACAUCUAGCUGGCUCGUCAACCUAGACAACUUCAACAAGAUUCUCUCAGUGAACAGAGAGACUAAUGUGGUUACUAUGGAGGGAGGGAUCAGACUGUAUUCUCUUUGCGCAGAGCUUGAGAAACACGGACUCACCAUGCCUAACCUUGGAAGCAUCAACGAGCAAUCUAUCAGCGGUGCUAUCUCUACAGGUACCCACGGCAGCAGUCUGCGUCACGGACUUAUGUCUGAGGAUAUCAUCUCUCUCAAGGUGACACUGGCUAAUGGGACGACUGUUUCCUGCUCCAAGGAAACAAAUACAGACCUCUUCAGGGCUGCUCUCCUUUCUCUCGGUGCCAUUGGUAUUAUCACAGAAGUCACUUUCCAGGCAGUUCCGGCUUUCACCUUGAAGUGGGAGCAACGGGUGGAUACGGAUUACAAGAUGUUUGAGUCGUGGAGUCGUGAUCUUUGGACACAAACCGAGUUUGUCAGGGUCUGGUGGUUCCCCUACACAAGACGCGCGGUAGUCUGGAAAGCAGAGAAGACUGACCAAGAACUUCGUGACCCCCCUCAAAGUGGCUACGACGGCUCUAUUGGCUACUACGUUUACCACAAUCUCUUGUAUCUUGCACAACACAUUCCCCGAAUCCUACCCUGGGUCGAGUGGUUUGUAUUCGGUAUGCAGUAUGGUUUCCGCAACGGCACAACCUCAUCGGCCGUGCAACGCAGCGGUAAAGCUCUACUCAUGAACUGCUUAUACUCUCAGUUCGUCAACGAAUGGGCCAUUCCUCUCCACAAGGGUCCCGAGGCUCUUAGACGUCUCAGCUCCUGGCUGAACCACCUGACACCUGACGAUCCCGACUACGUUCCCCACAACAUUCCCUUCUCUGCCGACGGCCUCUACGUACACGCACCUGUCGAGGUCCGUGUUAGCGACACCACACUUACAUCCAACGUGCGGCCGUACCUGGACAUUACUGUGGACGAUGAGCCAACAUUGUACCUCAACGCCACACUCUACCGACCUUAUCUGAUGGAUCCCCCCUGCCAUGAGCGAUACUACGAAGCUUUCGAAUGGUUGAUGGAGGAUCUCGGGGGCCGACCUCACUGGGCCAAGAACUUUAAAACCUCGCGUUCCAAGAUCGAAUCGUUGUAUGGCGAAAACCUGAAUUCUUUCCGCGCAGUGCGCAGCAAGGUUGAUCCUCAGGGCAUGUUUGUUGGACCUUGGCAUCGUCAGACAAUCAUGGAAGAGGGCGAAGGCCUUGAGCUUGAAGAGGUUGAGAUUCGGAGAGAAAAGAACAACAGGGGAGGUGUGACAACAUUCGGACUCAUCUGA